AUGCCAGUUAAAAUAGAUGCCUUCCACAUGAUGAUCGUUUCGAAGUACUUUCCCAGUAUAGAAGAUUUAAUAAAUUUAGAAUUUGUGUGCAGUAAAUUCCAAGGGAAUAUGGAGAAGUUUCAUUUCAAUCCGUUUUCGUUGACUCCAAAGACACGAAAAUACUUUCCACACCUCCAAACGAUAUUUUUAUAUACUCCGGACGACGAAAUAUUUGACGACGAUGAAGUUGCUCAAAGAAGUUGUCAGUAUUUGAUUAACUACACGACAUCCCUCUCAAAGAGGAAUGUCAAGGUGCUGUACCCCCGCAUUGAAUUUAACUCGAAAGACGCUGUUUUUAACACGGCAAUACCAACGUGUGUUGUUUCUAUCAAGUCGCACUGUUUCAAGCGGUUGAGUUUGAAUGAAAUUGACAUUCCUGAGAGAGUUUCAUCGAUUGGAGAACACGCGUUUGAGGACUGCAAGUAUCUGAAAGAAAUAACAUUUCCUCUGUGUGUCGUGCAAAUGCAGGAGAGUGCAUUUGAAGGAUGUCUUUCUUUGACUUCAAUUAUACUUCCAAAAGCACUGAGAACGAUCGGGUAUAAAGCUUUUUACAACUGCUCAAAGUUGAAAAAUGUCGAUUUUGGUGAGAAUCUUGUUGAAAUUCAAUCUUUCGCGUUCAGAGGGUGUUUGUCAUUGAAAGAUGUCAAUUUGCCGGAAACAAUCGAAACUGUAGACACCGAAGCUUUUCUUGCGUGUAUUAAUCUUAAAACAAUAAAAAUACCAGAUAAUGUCACAACUAUAACACUGAGAAAUAAUAUCAAGUCGGCACUAAAAAGGGCGUUGAAGAUGUAUUAA